AUGUUUGCUGCUCGUCGUAUUGCUACCUCCAUUGCUCCCCGCAUUGCUCUCAGCACUUCUGCUGCUGUUCGCCCAUCCCUGAUGAGACCUGCCGUUCGUGCAUCGACUGCUACUAGCAUUGCACGCUUCUUGAACACCAGCGCUAUUGAACAAAAGCGCGCUACUGUCCAACAUCCUGCUCCUCAAUGGUCUGCCAGUGCUCUUGUUGAUGGCGAAUUCAAAGAAUUGGCUUUAUCUGACUAUAAGGGAAAGUUCGUCGUCAUGGUCUUUUAUCCAGCAGAUUUCACUUUUGUUUGCCCUACUGAACUCUUGGCUUUCAGUGAUCGUAUUGAAGAAUUCAGACAGAAGGGUGCUGAAGUUGUUGGUAUCAGUGUUGACAACGUCCAUUCUCAUUUAGCUUGGACUAAUCUCCCCAGAAAGCAAGGUGGUCUUGGAUCCAUUAACAUUCCCCUCGUCUCUGAUAUUAAGAAGGAGAUUUCCACCAACUACAAUGUAUUGAUCCCUGAAGAGGGUUUGUCUCUUCGUGGUUUGUUUGUCAUUGAUCCCAAGGGUGUUCUUCGUAUUAGUACCAUCCACGAUUUACCUAUUGGCCGUUCUGUUGAUGAGACUUUGAGAGUGAUUGAUGCUAUCAAAUUCACUGAUGAACAUGGUGAAGUUUGUCCCGCCAACUGGCAACAGGGCGAUGCCACUAUCAAGCCUGAUCCCAAGGGUUCUCAAGAUUAUUUCAACAAGGCCAACUAA